AAGUCAAUAUAUUUCUCAACUAGUCUUGCAUUGCAACAGGACAUUAUAAUGAAACAACUGUAAACACUUGAUAAGUCACAAUUUACUAAAAUACAUAUUCCUUAGGCCAGCCAUAACUUACCUGUGAAACGUACAAAAUAUUAGCAAUGUAAUCCUAAAACCCAAACACAUGACAUCUCGUGUGGAAGCGUACAGAACUAUGCUUCCAACGUUGUAACGUCCGUUGACGUGGGUCAAAUUUACCGACAAGAGCCCGAACGUGCCAUGUGGCGAACGUUGGACACAUCAUGCAAUCCGUCAGCGCUCUCCCACACCAUGUGGCGAAUGAUCAUGUGUAAGGCAUUCGCCACCGGUUUUCGUGGCAACUAUGGCAGCAAUUCUGUAGCUCUUCCUUGCUAGUGACGUGUUUCAUUACGAUGUGACUAAAUGAACCGACGCAAUUAAAAUGUUCCAUAACUCAGAUGAUUUCUGAUUUGACAAUGACAUAACUUAACACUUAACCUCAACCUGACCUCGAACUACAAUUUCCAAAACAAGACCUAAGAAAUUUCUAGUACAUAUUUAUAAAAAUGGAGUUUUUCAAAAGAUUAUUUGGUUAUGACAAAACGGAUGAUCAUUCGUAUAGAUCCAGAUAUAAUGAUCGAAACUUUGAAAGGGAUUAUUCUGGAUAUGACGAAGAUGAACCUCAGUCGGAAAACUUUUCAAGACGAGGAUUUGAUAUGUACUCAGACCCUCUACAUAUGCAUCAGUAUUUUGAACAGGAGAUAAAUAAUAUAUUGAAAAGCUUUGGGCUAUCUGGUUUUGACAGCUUCUUUGGUGGCGUCUCAGAUAAUCCUACUAUAGAUGGCCCUCCUAUAAGUGGUCAAAUACCUGCACCAUCUGAGGGAUUAAGAGAACAGUUUCUAAAACCAGGGUAUGAAAGGCCAAGUGGAAGGAGACAUGAUAAAGUUGACAAAGAUUUGGAUGAUAGGGUAAAAAGUGGGAAUCUGGAUGCUAUCCUUAGAGAUGAGACCACUGAAGUUACACCGUACCAGCCAUCAAGCAGUAGUAAUUUCUUUUAUGGAAAAAGUCAAACUAUGAGUACAAUCACCCAUCCUGAUGGGUCAGUUGAAACAAAGCAGUGUAUAAGAGACAAUGCAGGGAAUGAAGAGAUAACCACAUGCAGAAUUUUUGGUGAAAAACAAUAUUGUGUAAUCAAAAAGCGUGAUAAAAGCGGAAGAGAAGAAGUCACUGAAAAAUUAGUCAACAUGGAUGAGAAAGAAAAACAAUUAUUGCUGGAAGGUGCACCACAAUUAGAUAUUAGUCCAUCUCACCCAAGUGAUACCAUAUUUGAUAAGUUUUUCAAUUAAUUCAUUUGCAGUGUUGUUUUUAUUUUAUGGAAAUUGAUUUAUUUAUUUGAGGUUCAAUAUACAACUGUUUAAUAUAAUUUCAGGCUUUUUUUUUGUUGUUUUCUACUUUCUCAAC